AUGGUCCGUCAUAAGAAAGACAACUUUUCGCGUGGAGGCAAGAAGUCCUCGAACCCCCGCCCCCGACCGGUGCCCCGCGGUGAUGGCGAUGACGCUACGCCCUCUUCGCGCCCAGCAUUUAGAGCUGCUUGCUGGGAUAUGGGACACUGUGACCCAAAGCGAUGCUCAGGAAAGCGUUUGAUGAAGUUGGGGUUGAUGCGAGAGCUUCAUAUUGGCCAGCGAUUCCCUGGUGUGAUCGUUUCGUAUGCGCCCACCCCACCAGUUCUUCUCGUACCUCACCUACUAACAAGUGGAUUAUCAAGGCCUAAUGCGAAGAAAGUUGUAUCACCUGCCGACCGAGAACUGAUGGAGCAACAUGGUGCUGCAGUGGUUGAGUGCUCUUGGGUGCGAGUCAAGGAAGUGCCUUGGUCUCGUAUCGGUGGAAAAUGCGAGCGAUUGCUACCAUAUCUUAUCGCUGCGAACACGGUCAACUACGGCAAACCCUGGCGUUUGAAUUGCGUCGAAGCGCUGGCAGCUUGCUUUUACAUUUGCGGACACCCGGAGUGGGCACAAGAAGUCUUGAAGAACUUCAGAUAUGGAGAAGCCUUCUUGGAGAUCAACUCUGAAUUGCUGGAUCGCUAUGCCGCUUGCCAGACCGAAGAAGAUGUGAAGCGAACGGAGGAGGAGUGGCUGGCCAAGAUUGAACAAGAAUAUGAAGAGAGCCGUGUUGAGGGGGCCGACGACAUCUGGACAGUCGGAAAUACCAAUCGACAAACUGCAGCCCAAGAGUCUGGUGAUGACGACGAUGACGAGGACGAGAGUGGAGAGGAAGGUAGCGAGGAGGAAGAAGAAGAAGAGAGCGAAGACGAGGCAGAUAAAGACCCGUUUGCAAUUUCAGACGAUUCCGAAGAUGAAGAACAAAUGGCCGAAAUCCGACGCAAGAUCCUUGAGUCUAAAUCAUUCAAGAACCCGUCUGCUUCAGACAAGGAGCAGCCUGAGAAGAUUGCACGGCCAGAACAGCCGGUCUAUGUGGAUUCAGAUGCCGAGUCUGGCUCUGCUGGAAGCGAAGACGAGGAUUUCGACAACAUAAUCAACGCAACCACGGUCACGGAUCGCACUGGUAUCAAGGAGAUUCAGCGACGGCGAGGCAAGGAGACUGUCAGCGCUUCAUUUUCGCGAACUGAAAUCUCCGCGCCAAAGAGAUGGUGA